CUAGACAGGGGCAUUGGCUCCGAUAAUGUUGGAUUGAUCAGCUUCUCUGAAAGUAGGAGCAAAUCCCGAAAGUCGAUCUAGGGUGCUGGAAAUGGAGAUGCCUGAUUUUUUUUGAGUAUCAAGUUCUUAGAGAUAGGUGAUACCAAAUUAUCUCGUUGGGAUAUAAAUACGGCCGCCAUCCAGGCGGGAUAUGGGAAAUGUAGCUUGCUUCCACAGCAAAACUCUGCUACCCCCAGGUCCGGCAAUCAAUCAUGCCUUCGCUACCUUCCCAGGACCGUGAGGAAGAUCGCUUCACGCCAGCUGUUGAACCAAUGCAUGCGAAAUCGGCGGAGGAGCGGAAUGCGUUCCUGUCCAUGUUGAAGAAGGAUAGCAAAUCACACCGUGAAAUCACGAAUAGCUAUCUGAACUUCUGGCAAGCCGAUGGUGGGAAAGCAAGAGACGAUACCGAGGAUGAGCGAGACGGAAGGAUAAGCGAAUACAUGUCUCUUGUGAGCAGCUACUACGAUCUAGCCACAGAUAUCUACGAGGAAGCAUGGGCACAGUCUUUCCAUCUCUGCCGCUUUGCGAUUGGCGAACCGCUGCAGCAGGCUCUUGCACGACAUGAGCAUUACUUAGCUUGUAGGAUUAAUUUGAGCCCAGAUAUGCAUGUGUUGGAUGUGGGUUGUGGAGUUUGACGACCAGCCAGGGAGAUGGCAACCUUCACGGGGUGCAAUGUUGUGGGCUUGAAUAAUAAUGGAUAUCAGAUCCAGCGCGCAAAAGCGCAUGCAGAAAGGGAGCGCCUGAGUCACAAGGUCUCCUUCGUCAAGGGGGAUUUCAGGCACCUGGAAUUUCCCGAAAAUUCGUUCGACGCCGCGUAGGUGCUAAGGCGGUACAAGGCCGGAUUCCAGUCCGUAGCGAUCAAUCGAGGAAUAGUCAAGUACC